UUUGGUUAGAUUGUUAUGCUAUAUUAUUAUUUGGGGAAAAGGAUGGGUAAUCUAGUGGGUUACUAUAACUACUAAUUUCAGCUCUUUUUAUUUCUCAGUUUUCCUACGGAUUUUAGGAAACCUAAUUCAAGUAUACUUCUUUAAAUUAUGACUAUUCUGAUAUUGUUUUCUAUUGCUAAUUACCGGACAGAUCGAGGGUCUGGAGGCUCUGGCAGUACUGCAAAGAUUCAAGCGUCAUCGUUGGGAGAGACAGGAUCAGGCGAUUCUCCCCUUCUCCUUUUCUUCACUCCUCUUUGUCUCCUUGAUUCUUUGUUGCUCGGUGAUUCUUUCGAGGGUAUACGGAGAUUGAGAUGUUUUCAGCCAUUUGAGUGAGAAAAUGUCAACUUCAAAACAAGCAGUUAAUGAGACUGCAAAAUGGAGCCAAGCAAAUGUAGACACCCUUAUUGUUCUGAUGGUAGAGGAAGUUAAGAAAGGAAAUAGGACUACUUCGACUUUUAAUAAAGCUGGUUGGAACAACAUUGCCAAUAACUUCAAAGAAAAAAUUGGGGUCAACUAUGCCAUUAUACAGUUGAAGAACAAAGUGAACAAACUGAGGCAGGAUUAUAGUCAGUUUAAGAAGCUAUUGGAGACAACUGGUUUUGGUUGGGAUACUGCUUCAAGAACUUGUACUGUUGAUGAUGAAUCCAUCUGGGAAUCGCAUAUUAAGGAUAACCCUACUUGGGCACGAUUUAAGAAGCAUGGACUACCACAAUGGCCAGAACUAUGUAUGGUAUUUGGUGAUACAUAUGCAGACGGCGAAGGAAGUGGGACUCAAAAAAUCAUGUUGGAAACUUUGGCGGCCGAUGAUGAUAGGAAUAUGAUUGAAUCUUGUGAUGAGUCAAGUUCCGCUGAUGAAAUUACUCCAUUAGGUGACACUCAAACUGAAGCAGUGGAAAAAAAGCCAGCUACUAAGCAUAGGCAUGAUAGGACUCCAAAUGCGAAAAGGAGGAGGAGUAAGUCUAAUGAUUGGUCAAUGGCAUUCAAGGCAAUUUAAGAUAUUAGUAAAUCAAGGGUAGAACGGGAUGCGAGCAUGUCCACUGCUUCAACCCAAAAUGCCGAACAGAUGUACGGGAUUACUAGGGCCAUGGAGGUGCUUGAGUCAGGAUAUGAGUUAGAUGAAGCACUAUACGAGAAAACACUUCGGAAGUUAAUGGCUGACCCGCAAUGGAGAGAAGCAUUAAUUUCAUGCCCUCCUCAUCGGAAGUAAAUACUCCUUUGUACCCUUCAGUAGUUUGCUUCUUGAAAAGUUCUUUUAAUUAGAUAGAUUGAUAACUCUACUUGGAUUGUGCCUUGACCCUACUUUUAACUUUGGUGGUUUGCUAUGUUUUUCUUCACUUUUUAAUAUGUUAUGGAUGACUG